UGUGUUGGCGCUUUAAAGUGUGUGCACACACACGGUGUUGUGCUCAGUCGUUGUCUGUUCUCGGGCCAUUAAGCACACGAACAUGGAAUCCCAACGCAAAGUCGUAGCAAUAUUUGCCGUUCUCCUCGCCGGACUCUGUGUGCUAUCAGGAUUGAAUGCGGCGUCCAUAAAAUGCAAUACAGGCAAUGGCAUACAAAUCUCGGAGAAUGGCCAACAAACGCAGACACAGUAUGGACCUGGCUGUCAGUCGCAAAGCUCCGAGAACGGAUCCCAGUCGCAGCAGCAAACGGGCAGUGGCACCCAAACUCAGACGCAGUGCAGCGGUUCAGAUUGCGGCCAGUUCUCAACCUUUGCGCCUUUGUUCACCAUGAAGCCCUUUGAGCCCUAUCCUCCAAUGGAGCCUUUUCAACCAAUGACACCGUUUCCCCCAAUGACACCGUUUCCCCCAAUGACAGCUUUUCCGCCUAUGACACCUUUUCCGCCUAUGCAGUGGAACCGUUUGUAUCUGAGGAGCAAAGCCAAUAUUCAGGAGCAGGAGAAGAAAUAGCAGUCUUAAGAAAUUUUGAAUAAUUCCGGAAAGACAUUUUCCGAACAAGAAUAAAUCAACAGUGUUGAAUUUUCAAUU